CUAAUGCAACCAAACUACUAUUGUCAAUAGGAUAAAUUUCGUGAAGCUCUGUUGCUAUGCUUGAAGCGCAUGUGCAAACAAAUCAAUGCAGAAUGGCUGAAGCAAGUUGGGACAAUGUUCAGAAGCUCAGACAAGAGCUAAAAAAGCAGAAGGAGACACGUGACUAUCUUCUUACAACAACUGAGAGGAUGAAGAAAGCUGUUUAUGAGUCUCAAUUAAUUCUCAAGGACAUUCCAAAAGAAGACAAUGUAUGGAAAGAUCGUGUUGAGGAACAACAAACGUACAACAGAGAACUAGAGUCUGAGUUAGCACUUUUGGAAAAAAAGUACAAGGAGCUGAGAACACAGUUUGAAGCUAACAGUCAGAGCUCAGAGCCUGCCUAUGAUGACAUGUCUGAUAGUAAAAUGCGCCUGUUGCUGAAACAACUUGAGAAGGAGAAAGAGUCAGUGGAGAGGCAACUAAAGGACUGUGAGUGGAGGCUGGACCAGGAGGCUGCAAGUCGGUACAAGGCUGAAGAUGAGAAGAAGAAAAUUCUGACUCAGCUAGAGCACAUCAGGUCUCAGGAAGCGGUUGGGAAACCACCUAGCUAGAACUACCGUAUCAGAAUGUUCAAUCAGUUCACAAUGAUAAUUAUUUUGACAACAUUAA